AUGACAGGGAUGAUCUCCAUCGAGAAUGGCCAACAAGUCAGCAUUACAGUGACCUCCUUCAUCUCUAUCUUAAUAGCCAUUGUCUCUGUAGGUCUGCGCCUUGUUGCCAGAAGCAUCGGGAACAAAAUCGAUUAUAGUGAUUAUUGCAUUAUUGCAGCCUUACUUUGUAACACUGCACUGCAAGCUUGUUGUAUCUCACUAGUUACACAUGGCGGCUUUGGAUUUCAUAUCGUGGAGAUUUACCAACGUUUUGGGCCUGAGACGGCAACCCUUUUCUUCAAGGGAAUCAUGUCUUUUUCGAUACUGUGGAACGCCACUGUGUGUUUCAGCAAAUUGUCGGUUCUAUUGAUGUAUCCGGCGCUGAUACCAACGUCGUCAAUUUUAAAGCGGACCCGUGUUCUCGGCACUUUGAUCAUAACGUGGAAUGUGGCCGACGUUAUUACUGCUUUGUUAAUAUGCCGACCGCUGGCGAAGAAUUGGAACUUUACGUUACCGGGAAUUUGCGGUAGUCAACCAGCGUUUUAUUUCGCAAUGGGGCUCGUCAACCUCCUCACGGAUGCCGUGAUUAUCGUAUUACCAAUGCCAUAUCUUUACAACUUGCGACUGGCUUGGCACGAGAAGUUAGCCGCGAUGGCCUUGCUUAGCGUUGGAACAGGAACUUGGGCCAUUAAUAUAUACCGACAAACACUACUACCUGGUUUAGACUUCGCGGAUAUGACGUACAGCGGUGUGCUCGCCACAAAUCUUUCCGGUCUUGAGCCUUCGGUCGCGAUCGCUCUGGCAUGCAUUCCCCUCAUGUGUCCUUUGUUCAGGAAGUCAAGAAAGACUACUCACUCCAGCUAUCAGUGCGACAGUAGCAGGCAAACUAAUUUUUUCCCAAAGAAAAGAAGCGAAACACAUAGUCUCGACCCCACAGCUACGUUCCCGAGAUUGGUGGACAACAACGAUGCUUCCUCGCGAGUUGAGCUGCAACCUAUCAACCCUUCGCACAUGAUUCGUGUCUCAUCUGUUUGCAAGCACUAA